AUGUGUCGAUCCUCCAAACUAUGUGUAUCGGGAAAGGAUCGUUUUGACGAAGUCUCGUCAUUGUCCGAAACCUCCCCCAAAGAGCUUGAUUUCUGCUAUCACAGUGAUAAAGAGGGACAUAAAGGAGGUAGUUAUAGUUACGAGCAUCAACCUAAUCCUGAAUACGCCAACGACGGGUCUGAACAACAAGACAAAUUUUACUCAAACCAUUUUUCGUCGCCAUUUGACAGUGAGAUUAGUAAACCAAAAACAUGUACCUUGCUCGUCCCUUCUCUGGCUUGCAAAAAAACGUUGCAUAAACCUGGGAGGCUUGAUAACAUAAUCAUAAGUGGCAGUACUUAUCCAAGGAUGGAGAUGUCCUCGCAUCGUGUUUUUUCCAUCAGGGUUAGCGGUGCUAAUUUCCAUGAUGUAUUCAUGGAAAAGCAACGGAUACUCAUGGACAAACUUAAGUACGACUUUGUCAAAAUGUAG